GCUCCAGAACUCUGCCCUACUCGCCUGCCUCUGCGGCAUCCUGGCCCACUGAACAGCCAUGAGAAGGCAACUCCGCUCCAGAAGGGCUCCGGCCUUUCCCUACGGUUAUCGCUACAGACUUGAUGAUCAGGAUGAAGUGAAUCAGAACUACUUAGCAGAUGAGGAGGAGGAAGCAGAAGAAGAGGCUCAGGUGAUGACGGUGCCUGGUCUGGAGGAAGAGGAAGAAGAGGAGGAAGGAAAAGAGGAGGAGGAAGAAAGGGAGGAAGAAGGUCAGGGUCAGCCCACAGGCAAUGCCUGGAGGCGGAAAUUACAGAUCGUGACUGAAUACCUGUGGGACCCGGAGAAAAGGAUGUCUCUGGCCCGAACAGGUCUGAUUUUAGUCAUUUACUUCUUCUUCUAUGCCUCCCUGGCUGCUGUGAUCACCCUAUUCUUGUACAUGCUGUUCCUAACCAUCAGUCCCUACAUGCCAACCUUCACUGAGCAGGUGAAACCUCCCGGAGUUAUGAUCAGACCCUUCGCUCACAGCCUUAACUUCAACUUCAACGUUUCCGAACCUGAAACUUGGCAGCAUUAUGUGAUUAGCCUAAAUGGCUUUCUCCAGGGCUAUAAUGACAGUCUUCAAGAGGAAAUGAAUGUAGAUUGUCCUCCGGGACAAUACUUCAUCCAAGAUGGAGAUGAAGAUGAGGACAAGAAGGCCUGCCAAUUUAAGCGUUCCUUCCUGAAGAAUUGCUCUGGACUGGAAGACCCUACUUUCGGAUACUCUACUGGACAACCUUGCAUUCUCCUCAAGAUGAACCGGAUUGUAGGCUUUCGGCCUGAGCUUGGAGAUCCUGUGAAGGUGUCCUGCAAAGUUCAGAAAGGUGAUGAAAACGACAUUCGAUCCAUCAAUUACUACCCAGAGUCAGCUUCUUUCGACCUCCGCUACUACCCUUACUAUGGCAAACUGACUCACGUUAACUACACCUCCCCCCUGGUGGCAAUGCAUUUUACAGAUGUGGUGAAGAACCAAGCAGUGCCUGUACAGUGCCAGCUGAAGGGCAAAGGCAUCAUAAAUGAUGUCAUCAACGAUCGUUUUGUGGGGAGGAUAGUCUUUACCCUGAACAUAGAGACCUAGGAACUCCAGGGGCCGCUCCCACCAGUUCUGGUUGUUUUUUUGUUAUUCCUGGUAGCACCUCGAUUCCUUUUUCUUCAGUUAAGACACAGCCAGAUGGACGCCUAAGACAGCAGAUCAUCUUUCCUUACCUUUGACGUGUGUAUGAAGUGAUAUUGUGAGACCUGCUUGGUUUGUUUUUUUAAAGGUCAUCUCUCCCGAUGACAAAUAGUCUAUAUUAAUUUCCUCUCCUUCCUUUCAAAUUCAGGCAUAUUCUUGCUGCUAGAAGUCUCACUGUAUACACAAACAGUAUCUGAUAGCAUUCACCAUUGUCAGGACAAUGUCUAUCAUGUUUUUCUAAGAAUAUGUUGGUUUUAGAGGUGAUAUUAUUCCCAGCCAGGUGGAUAUUCUAACCCCACCCACCUUUAAAACUGCCUUUCUCAAAACACCAACACAAAACAAACCCAGAUUAUGCUAUACCUAAAGCCACUCUCCAUACAGAACUUUAUAUGGGGGAGGGGGCUUGAAAAUUUGGCUGUCUCCCAUAGGCGACUCAAUACUGAUUCAAGACGCCAUUGUUUUCCGCCAGGACAGCAAGCAAUGCUGACAGGUUAUUGAUCUGGUCUAGAGAUGAAGACCUUCUGUGAGACUUUUUGUGGGGGGAGGUAGAUCCUAGUGCAAUUGAGGAGAAGUGGUAGCAUAGGGAUUUACUGGUUGUUGACUGCUCGAUAGUAUAAUCGUGCAAAAGCAAAAAUUCUUGCAAGCAAGCCUUUUCUCAACUCCUAGCAGAAGAGAAACUAUGAAAAGUCUUCUUUGGUCAAAUCUUCUUGGCCCAUUUGCUUGAUAGUUGUGUGGUUUUCUUUGAGAUCAGCAGGGAUGGGUGCCUUGACCCCCCAGCUAUGACCUUGGGGAUUGAAAUUAGGGUUCUCUAACUAAUACAUGGCAAGACAGAAAGCUCCUGCCAGGCCUCCCUGAAGCCAAUGCUCAUUAGCCAGUUUUGCAUUUACUUUAAAAAUCACGAGGCAGAUGUUUAUCCAGGUUGUGGAUCAGCCAAGUUGCUUUGUUUUUUCUUUGGCCAUGUGACCAUUCCAAUUACUUCUUAAAGCCUCCACCAGGGGGAGGGCUGGAACAAAAAGAGGAGGCAAGCAUUACAGACCAGCAUAGUGUCUCAGGGUCCAAAGCAAACGAAAAUUCCACUUACCAGCCUGCAGAGUCUGAAUCUACACUACAAUGUUUAGUUUCUCCAAGGACGUGCAACUGGAAGACUGCUGGGGAGGACUGUAGUAUUGGGUGACAAGAGACGUAAAUAUAGCAUAUGGGAAUGCUAUGGGGAACAUGAGGGGCAGUCACUCUCCCUGGCUGAGUAAGCAGCCGAGGAAAUUACACAUUCAAAGCCACGAGCACGAAGAAAUCUCGUGCUUUGGUAAGUCUGAACAGUUCACAUGAGAGCUCAGCGGAAAUGCUGGGAGAGUGGAUUGCAUGAGUGUUCAGAAAUGGUGAGUGAAAGGGAGUCAUUAAAGUGUUGUAAUCAGGGCAUCUCUGUGAGCACUUUUGCAUUUUCUCAAGAGCACUUGGGCAGUAAUAGCAUAAGGAAUGAAUCAAAGACAGAGAAGACAAGACCAAGACAGGAAUUGGGGGAAGGAAGAGUAUAACAUGACCCAGGCUUUCGAGCUUGGCUAAAAAACUGUGAGUUGGUGAUAUUGUUAAUCCUGCCUAGGUGUAAAAGAGCAAGUGAUUGGAGAGGAAGUUGUUAAGAUCACUUUGGGACAGAUUUAGCUUGUGGUUUCCUCUGGUCAGACACUGAUGUGGAGAUAUAAACACAUGUAGAGUAGAAGAGAAGAAAAGCUGAGAACAAAAGCAACAUUUGGUUAAGCGAACUUAUUUAGGACGUGCUUAGUCUUGGGAACUUGAGCCAGUUGAGCUUGGGGGCUAGAACACACAGAUCUAGCUCCUAACACGGUGCUUUUCUCUGGGUUUCCUGGCAGAAUGGACUCCUAUUGCCCUCGGGAAUGUCCCUCCCAAACCCCGUAUAGAUCUUCUCCAUAGACUAGAGAAGGGGUGACCACUUUUAACAAGCAGCUGAAGAUGAGCGGGACAGCAGGGCUACAUAACACACAGACACAAAGAAUCAGACUCCUCUGGACCCUACUUUCUCAACAAGUUCAGUUUCCUAGCCUUUGAACAGGAGACUAAGGAAACGAAAAAGACAACAACUUGAGACCUCUUAAAAAUGGCCUCAAUCAAAUUCUCAAGACUUAAUAGCAAAAGAGUACACACCAUCAGAUCGGGAAAGGCUCUUUAGGGAAAACAACCUGCAUUGCAUCUGACUCCAGGUCCAGUGCUCUUUCUCCUCAGAGCCGCUGCUUACCAGCAAGUACCAUCUUCUGAAAAACUCAUAUCCCAAACAUUCUGAAAUAUGUCAAACUUGAGUUCAAAUAAUUAACAUUUCGCAGGAAUCCAACUACUGGUGCUAUAUUUUAUACAUAAUACAUGGUCCUGUUGAAUAUGUUUAACUAUUAGGUAAAAAAUUAGAAAUGAUUUUGUCAUGUGUGUUUCUCAUUCAAUGGCAGAUAUCAUGUCCACAGUUUCCAAGAAGUCUUGAAAAGUACCAAGACAGUUUGGGCUAUCAGCUGGAACUUGAAAAACUAGCUUUCUUAUACAAAACUGGAUACUAUACACAACUGGAUUAAUGAGUGUGUCCGUUCAUGUGAGAGUCUAACUGUUCAAUAAACUUCUAGUUGAUUAAUUUAAA